AUGAAGACACGUGCAGGAAUGGUGUGCCGGGGGCCCGCGGAUGCUGGCCAUGCCACCACUGACCUCUACGACGAGCGGCACCGCCAGACCAAAGCACUAGCGCGAUGGGAGCGGCAAAGAGCGGCGUGGAUGCGCAUGCAAACACACCUCGCCACCAUCACAGGCUCGUCGUCUACGACAGGCAAGGGAGGCAAUCGCAAGUUAUCGUCCACAGCUGCAACUUCGCACAGAUCCGCGGCUUCUGGCAGCGCUGGCGCCUCCCCGGCACGCAACUUCACUGGAGCCACACCCGCCGCAAGGGCGAAGCGGGAGGACUUUGGAAUACUCGCCGUGGCACAGCCCGAGGUGAUCAAGGACGGCAGCCACGCCUGGGAGGGGCUAUUGCGCUGCACAGACACGCGGUCGGCGCGGCGGCUCGUUCCGAUUGGCCGCACGUCGUUCCCGUACCAACUGUACAGCGAGGCUCGAGACCCGACAACGCUGCCGGAGGAUCACAUGAUCUAUACGCGCGUCGUGUCUGAAGGAGAUGUGACAGCAGGACAGGAUACAACCGUAGAGUCUCACCGCUUUGUUGACUCGACUAUGCAGCGAGUGGAGCAGCGCGCUGCAGCACAGAGUCGUGUGCGAGCAGCGCUGACGGCAGCCACGCCCGAUGACUCCGAGAUCGGAACCGGAUCGAAGGGGACAUACGUUGCGGGGCAGCAUGAGAAGGGCAGCGGCGGAGUUUUCUAUUAUGAGGCCCGGCUGCGCCACGUUGCACCAUACGUGCAGGAGCGGCUCGGCCACUUUUUGCAACCCCGCGCCUUCUUGCAUGUCGACGGGCAUCCUGCACCCUGCGCCUCAGCCGAGGAGCUGGAGGCGCAGAAGCAUGAGUGGACGGCUGCAGGGCCAUCCUCAGCACCGCCAGUGGAGUACUAUCCGCCUCCACCGCAAACGCAGUUGUGGGCAUCCAUUCCCACCUCAGCGGCACCAAGUCGUCUAGCAAGCACUGUUAAGCCAGCGGACAGCAUGCGUCAGCGGAAGGGCUUGAGUACCGCGGCUGCCAGCAGAGCGCACUCACACGGCGCCAGCACCCCUGCUACUCUGAAGAACCACGGCUGUAGAGCUGAUGGGGAGGAUGCGCUCGCGGAGGAGGGUGACCGCGAGAUGGAGGACCUGCUCUCUGGCAGUGUGGCCACCGCCACCCCGUCUGAGCUUCCGUACGAUUCUUCCGUCGGCUUGAUUGACAGCAGCGUGCGCGAAAAGUGCUCGCGAACAAUGUAUGCGGCACCCACAUCCCCGCUUCAUCCACUGCAGGUGAACAAGCACGGUAUUUCGCUGCGUCACCAGCAGAGUUGCACUGCGGUUAGUGAGGACUUAGAGGAGGUCAUGCAGACGUCUGGCCCAGCGAUGGAGCUGUCAACGCGCAGCCUGCUCUUCCAGACGUGUCCACACGAACUAGUGCAAGGCACCGUGACGCUGCACAACACCGGCACGACUACCAUCUACUUUAGCUGGGUACCGGUGGACUCCGUUGAAGAGCGGCUUGGGCAGCUCGAGCGCGACUCAAGAGAUGCCGCCGCUGAUAUCGAGGAGGCCGAAUCAGGAGAAGAGGAGGAGGAGGACAAAUGCAAGAGGCGCCGGCAACUGCAGAGCGAGAGAGAUGGAACCGCUGCCACGAGAAUUACACACUCACUCGCCGCCCAUCAGCGUACUGCACGUGACUCCUUUUUCUUUCUCUCCUCCCCAAUGAGCGGUGUGGUGCUGCCGGACGAAGAAGGCAUCUUUGCCUUCUCGGUGCGUGCAAAUCGAGUUGGUUUGUUUCAGCACACGUACGAGCUGCUCACAGUGCCACCCGCGCCGGAGCGUAUUUUUGUACGCCUGCGCGCGCUCGUCCAGAACGACGGCCCGUCGUUGGAGUGGCUCGCCGCGCCCGUGGCGGAGGCCAUCGAAGCCAAGGUAGUGCUGGAUGCACAACGUCGACUUGUGCAGAGGAUCAGUGUGGACGUAGACGCCAUCGAGGGCUCUGCCUUGUCGGCGCAUAUCAAAGCGUUAGACGGGGCGGCCGAGGCCGCCACAGCAGCCGAACGGAUACGCCGACGGGCGCAGGAGGAAGCGUGGAACCUCGCGAACCGGUUCACCUUUGAUCACAUCCCCUACACAGCUGCCGUGUACGACAAGCUUGAGAGGCUCUAUACGGUGGUGCAAGACACUUGUCGGACGCUGGGUAGACAAAAGAAUGCUGAGGCGGACGAAGCUUCACAAAAGUCGGCUGUUGCCGUGGCAGCGCCGUCACUCAACGCACGUGUAAAGCCGUCUGGAUUGUACGCGAGUUUGCCAGCGCCAGUUUCACCACCUAAGCAGGAGCCAGCAGCACCGACGACGGAUAUCGUGGAGACCGUCUCGCGCCCAGGCCAAUGGGAUGGCUCCUUACUCAUUCUGCUGCAACUCAUGAUGGCGGUGCGCGAUGCACCAACGCGGCAGACGUUCUUCACGGCCUUUCUCGUCCUCCUGCGCGCCGCUCGAGCGUCGCAGCAGUGCAGCAGCCGAAGUGGGAGCAUCGAGUGCUUGGACCAGGAGACACUGCCGCUGCCGGCGCUUCUGGUGCGAGCCGCCACGCUCCUCGCCGACAGUGUGCAGAGUCGUCGUGCCGCGAUGCUGGAACGAGAGUGCGAGAAUAUGCUUGGGCAGAAGCUCGCCACCGCUGCGACACCCUUCAUGCAGGCCUUCGCUGCGGCCAGUGGCGCUUUUGCUUCCCGCGGCGCUGCCACCGCCAGAGACACGGGCGGUGCUUCGCCAUCUGGCAGCACUGCCCACCGACCGCAGAGCGUCCAUAGCAAAAAGCGGGCCACCUUAACGUGUGGCAGGAGUGGGACCGCAGCAGCAGGCGAUCACGUCGGUGGCGCGGCCGCUACCGAUGUCUUGGCGCCGGCCGCCACCAAAGUCACCACGGCGCAGCGUAUGGUGUUGGACUCGAUUUCUGAAGAGGAGCUGCUGCAUUUCAGCGCCAUUCAGGCCCCACCGAAAAGUGUGGCGGCGCUCGAGCGAGCGGAGAAGGUGGCUCUGCAUGCGCAACGCAGUUUGGCACUGGCGGCAGAGCGUAGUGCAUGGAUUGAGCUGUACACAACGCUAUUUCUCGAAGCAGUGGACGCAGCGUGCGACCGCGGCCCACUCUCGGCCUGCGCGGCGGCGCGUCUGGCUGAGCUGGAGGAUAUCCAAACGAGUGCGCUGCUGCCCAUAGACCUUAGCACAGAUCCGAUCAUCCCGCUCACAACGGGAAAGGGAGGCAAACGCAAGUAG